UAAAGAUCGCUACGGUCGGCGGUACCGAAUCUUCUUCGCAAAGAAAUGAGUAUCUUUCUUCAUUCCUGAAGAACCAAUUGGAAUGCGUUGAACCGGCUACAGACAGCUUCUUCUAUUAUUGCUUUUUUUUCCCUAACAGAAAAACUUUAAUCAUCAGACUUGAGCGGGGAAAGCAGAAAAUUCAGAGCGAAAAAGCGUGUGUUGAAAGUGGCUCCCCCUAUCGCUAAGCUUCGGGUUCCUUGAGUCUAUUCAUUUGACUUUGUUCACUCCUCAAACAAAUACCUUCUGUGUUGGCCCUCCCCUCCCACAAUCUUCCUUCUUCCCUCAUCUCUUUCCUGGAUUUCUCCCCAUCUCAAUUUGCGAUCCACCUCCAUCUGCGAUCGCGUCAAUUCUUAAGGUCAAGGAAGACCCUGGAUUAGUCUACUGCAACCCUUAGUACACGCGGCCCUCGACUUUCGGGUGCUUGCGAUCGCCCCGCUGCGCUCAAUAGGGGGCAUCAUGGUCAUAACUGAUGUAGGCCUUUUAGGCCUCCGUCAUCUGGGCGGACGUAGCACCGAUAAUCCUCAAGAUACCUCCAAUUCGGCUUCAGGUCUGGUCACCACCUUGGUCCCAUCUCUGGUGGUGGCUGUCGUCAUGGUCUCUGUCUUCAUCUUCCUGCGUCGCAGUGAGCGUCGAAUGUACAUGCCGCGAACCUAUGUUGGAGUCUUGCGCCCUUCCGAACGGACACCUGCGUCACCCACCGGCCUAUGGAACUGGAUCCUGCACAUGUACCACAUACCCGACGAAUAUGUUCUGCAGCACCACUCGAUGGAUGCGUACCUCUUACUCCGCUUCCUGAAGACCGUUUCUAUGAUCUGCUUCGUGGGUGCUUGUAUCACGUUCCCCAUUUUGCUCCCGAUCAAUGGAACCGGCGGCGCUGGAAAUCAGCAGCUGGAUCUCCUGAGCAUGUCGAACGUUGCUGAUAAUAACUAUGCGCGUUACUUCGCGCAUUGCUUUGUCGCCUGGAUUUUUAUUGGCUUUGUGUUCUUCACGAUCACCCGCGAAAGUCUUUUCUAUAUCAAUUUGCGCCAGGCUUAUGCUCUUUCUCCUGCUCAUGCCAGUCGUCUGUCUUCGCGUACCGUGCUUUUCUCUGCAGUCACUGAAGACUACUUGGAUCGCGACAAGAUUCGUCGGAUGUUCGGCGUCGAAAAGGUCAAGAAUGUUUGGUUGGCGACAGAUACUAGUGAAUUGGAAGAAAAGGUUUCUGCGCGAGACGACGCGGCAAUGAAACUUGAGGGCGCGGAGACGAAACUCAUCAAAUUGGCGAAUGCUGCCCGUCUUAAGGCGUUAAAGAAACAAGGACACGUGGAAGAUGGCCCUAUCUCUGGAGAUGCUGCGGGCGACGAAUCGGAUGGAGAGUCGGGUUCUGUUGCUGCUCGCUGGGUUAAGCCUUCUGACCGUCCAACGCACCGGCUUAAGCUUCUGAUUGGCAAGAAAGUGGAUACUAUCAACUGGGCAAGAGCAGAGAUUGAGCGUCUCACGCCCGAGAUUGAGGAGCUCCAAGCCAAGCACCGUGCGGGUGAUGCCAAAUUGGUUUCUUCGGUGUUCGUCGAGUUUCACGCUCAGGCAGAUGCUCAGGCCGCGUUCCAGUCUGUGGCCCACAAUCUCCCCUUACAUAUGACACCCCGGUACAUUGGUCUCGAUCCGACACAAGUCAUCUGGUCGAAUUUGCGCAUCAAGUGGUGGGAGCGUAUCAUGCGGUAUUCCGCGACCGUCGCUUUUGUCUGUGCUAUGAUUAUCUUCUGGGCUAUCCCUACCGCUUUUGUUGGUUCGAUCUCCAACAUUAACUACCUCACGGACAAGGUUCAUUUCUUGCGGUUCAUCAAUGAUGUCCCGAGCUGGAUCAAGGGUGUUAUCACCUCCCUGCUGCCUACUGUGUUGAUGUCCGUUCUCAUGGCGCUCGUUCCCAUCAUCCUUCGCCUGAUGGCCAAGCUCGGUGGUGCUCCCAGUUUGGCCGCUGUGGAGUUGACCACCCAGAAUUUCUACUUUGCAUUCCAGGUUGUACAGGUGUUCCUGGUGGUCACCCUUGCGUCAUCCGCCUCGGCCGUCGUCACCAAGAUUAUCAAUGAGCCCAGCAGCGCUGCAUCCUUGUUGGCCAAUAACAUCCCGCUAGCAUCCAACUUUUAUAUCUCAUAUAUUAUUUUGCAGGGCUUGUCCUUCAGCGCCGGUGCCCUGUUGCAGAUCUCGGGUUUGAUCGUUGGCAAGAUCCUUGGCCGGCUCUUGGAUAACACCCCUCGCAAGAUGUACAAGCGCUGGUCCUCUUUGGCCGGAUUGGGCUGGGGUACUGUAUACCCGGUUUUCACUCUCUUGGCUGUUAUUGCUAUCAUCUACUCUUGCAUUGCACCUCUUGUUCUUGGCUUCGCCACCAUUGGGCUCUAUCUCUUCUACUUUGCCUACCGGUACAACAUGCUGUUCGUGUCAAACGCCAACAUCGACACGCAGGGCAAAAACUUCUACCGGGCUUUGCAACAUCUCACCGUUGGCUGCUAUAUCCUCAUGGUUUGCCUCAUCGGUCUUUUUGCAAUCGGUACCGCCGCCAACAGAAUUGCUCUUGGCCCCCUGAUCCUCAUGAUUAUCUUCCUCAUAUUCACUGUCCUGUACCAUGUCUCCCUCAACAGUGCGUUGGAACCUCUCAUCAACUAUCUUCCCAAGAAUCUUGAGGCUGAAGAGGAGGCUCUUCUCGCGGACGAGGCCAGGUUGAGCUCUUCUGCUCAUGAGCCUUACGAUGACAAGGCUCCUGCUGGUGCCUCUGCAGAUGCCGGUCGCAACAGUAGUGUGGCCAACGUUGACUCUGCCGAGAAGGGCUUAACUGCUCCUGCGACUCCGCAAGAACCUAAGGCCAACUUUCUGGUGCGUUAUCUCUGGCCCGACAAGUACAGCGGCUACGCGCAGCUCCGUCGUCUCGUUCCGACCAAUGAAACCACCAGCUAUGAUCCGGUAGUCGAAGAAAAUGCCUAUUUCCAUCCUUCAAUUGGGGCCCGGCCCCCUCUUCUCUGGAUUCCCCGUGACGAGUUGGGGGUCAGUCGCCAGGAGGUCCGACACACCUCGAAGGUCAUCGAGAUUACUGAUGAAGAUGCUUGGCUGGAUGAGAAGAACCACAUCCAAUGGAACACGGAGAAGGGCACUCCUCCAGUUUACACGGAGAAGAUCUACUACUAAAGGACUUCGCACAGAACGUGUGCUGUGGGGCGAAGACCGGCUCCCACCGAUUUACAAUCGGGAGUUAAGCCUCUCGACGAGCUGUUGGAGUCAAGUUGGCCUAAUAAUUGAUACCCAUGG